AUGGGUAACGCGAGACGCAGCUCGCAAACAGUUGUAUACAGCCUUGCGGCCAUCAGCUACGCUCGGGGUUUGUUUGUAACCUCACCCAUCCCCGAGGAAAUGAAGCCUGGUCAGGUCAGCUUAUAUCCUGUUUCCGAGCUUCAACUUGACACUGCGCAUACCCCACGAGUAGACUACAAUAGGCUUGCCCUACCCGCUGCGGGGAAGCAAAGCGGCAUUAGCGUAGCCGGGCUGCACAAGGCCUUCCUACCCGGCCGUCAGCCUUAA